AUGCGUUUCUCCGCCCUCACCGCAGCUGGCCUGCUCGCCCUUCCCGGCGUCAGCGCCAACCUGAAUGAGCUGGCCAUCGCGGCCGGUAAGAAGUACUUUGGUGCAGCGACCGACAACUCAGAACUCACCGACACUGCCUACGUCGCUAUCCUCAAGGACAACAAGAUGUUCGGCCAGAUCACCCCCGGCAACGGCCAGAAGUGGCAGUUUACAGAGCCUAGCCAAGGCUCCUUCUCCUACACCAAGGGCGAUGAGAUUACCAAGUUCGCCCAGGGCAACAGCCAGCUCAUCCGCUGCCACACCCUAGUUUGGUACUCCCAGCUUCCUAGCUGGGUCUCUUCUGGCACAUGGACCAAGGACCAGUUGACCUCCAUAAUCGAGACGCACAUUUCCAACGUCGCCGGCCACUACAAGGGCCAGUGCUACGCGUGGGACGUCGUUAACGAGGCCCUCAACGAGGACGGUACCUACCGCGACAGCGUCUUCCACAAGGUCCUCGGCACCGACUACAUCCCUAUCGCCUUCAAGGCCGCCGCCGCCGCCGACGCCGACGCCAAGCUCUACUACAAUGACUACAACAUUGAGCUCGCCGGUGGCAAGCAGAAGGAGGUACUCAAUAUUAUCAAGAACAUCAAAGCCUCCGGUGCCCGCAUCGACGGUGUCGGUCUCCAGGCCCACCUUAUCGUCGGCAGCGCCGGCUCUCGCUCUGCUCUGAGCGCCGUCCUCCAGUCUUUCGUCGACGCCGGUGUCACCGAGGUCGCUUACACCGAGCUCGACAUUCGCCACUCGUCCAUCCCCGCCGACGCUGCUGCCCAGGAGAAGCAGGCCAACGACUACGUCAGCGUUGUUGGUGCCUGCUUGGACAUCAAAGAGUGUGUUGGUGUCACCAUCUGGGACUACACUGACAAGUACUCUUGGAUCCCUUCCGUCUUCCCUGGCUCCGGUGAGGCCCUUCCUUGGGAUAAGGACCUCAAGCCCAAGCCGGCAUUCACUAGUAUCUCGAGCCUUCUCGCUGCCGCCGGUACUGGUGGCGCUGCUCCUGCUACAUCCGCUCCGGUCGCUGCCGCCACGACAUCCGCUGCCGCCGUCAAGCCUACACCCUCAAGCUCUGCUCCCGUUGCGCCUGAGACGACUCCUGAGGCUUCAGUCCCUGCUGCUGCUCCAGCCCCUGCCUCAACUCUGGUUACCAGUGUGAAGAGCAAGUGCACCGGUGGUGAAAAGGCUGAGACUGCGGCCAGCGCUCCCGCUGCCGCUGCAACCGGCGGUGCCGCUCGCUGGGCUCAAUGUGGUGGCAUUGGAUUCACCGGGGCUACUACCUGCCAGACUGGCCUUACCUGCGAGAAGCAAAAUGACUACUACAGCCAGUGUAUUUGA